CAAAAUCUGACUAGGACAAGGUUUACGAUAUGCAUGGAUACGGGGGUGCUGGGACUUUUUCUUCACAACUUCCCGUUCCCAUCACAGUGGACUCAUACUUGUAGUAUCGUCAUCUUCGUGUUUGAACUGGUUCUGUUUCUUGUUUUUGGCGCUGUAUCUCUGCUCCGAUGGUUGUUCUUCUUCAGACCAACUUUACGCUACCUAAAGAAUGAUUCAGAGGAGAUCGCCCUUCAAGCCUGUCCUGCCAUCACUUGGCUGACUCUUGCUGCCCAGAUCCAGAUUAUAUGUGCAGCACGAUGGGGCUUCGGAUUUACAAUCUUAGCAUACGCGAUGUGGUGGGUAGGCUUGGUCUGGGUCCUCCUUAUCAGCGUCAUUCUCUAUUUGCAUCUGAUCCGAAAACCUCAUCGGGCGUUUGUAGACAAAUGGCUGCCGACGGCGAUAUUUAUUCCGCUCGUUGGGACGUUGAGUGUCGGUGACGUUGCCGGUGUUAUGAUCAACGACAGCAGUGGCACAUCCCAAGUCGACCGAGAACUUGCCAUUCCAAUGAUUAUUGUCGGAUUCAUGUGUGUUGGCUUCGCUCUUGGCCUUUCCUGUGUCAUGUAUGCCAUAUACAUGCACCGAUUAAUGGUCAGUGGCUGGCCUUCAGCUUCGAAGAUUCCUAGCAUGAUCUUAACGAUUGGACCGUGUGGACAGUCUGCAAGCGCUUUGCUCCAGCUUAGUACUGCAGCUGUUUCUCAAUCAGGCCUAUCGAGUCAUUCUGAAGGUUUCUUUCUCACUCAAGAGUCUGCAGAAACAGUUCGUGUCGUCUGCGUGCUUAUGGCGCUUCUAUUUUUGGGGUUUGCCGUCUUUUGGAUGUUUAUUGACUACUUCGCCAUCAUUGAAGGUCUAUGGGCACGCAAGAUUCAUCCCAGCUUAUUCUGGUGGUCUACUAUAUUUCCCGUCAGCACCGUGGUAACAUCACUGGCAACACUUGGCAAAGCAACAAAUUCGCCGGCUUUCAAGGUCCUUGCUGUUGCUCUAUUCAUUCUUUUGUGUUGUAUCUAUCUAGUCAACUUAUAUCUUACUAUCCAUUUGGUCUUGAGUGGAGAGCUCUUGGGGUUACCAAAGCACCCGUCUUGGGCCUUGGGCUCACUAAAGCAGGAGCAUUCAUGGGCGCGAUUUCCACGAAAAUCCAGAAUGUCAUGA